CCUCCUUUUCCCUUUUUCUUUUUUUUUAUUUUUUGCUCUUUCCUUUUUAUUUAUUAAAAAAAAUGUUCUCAGCUACCAAGGCCUCUUUGCGUACAACUCUUAACGUUGCCCGUCGUGCUUAUUCCAACAACAGUGGUUACGACUCUACCUACAAGAACUUGUUGAUCAAUGCUGAUACCAAGGUUAUCUGUCAAGGUUUCACCGGUAAACAAGGUACUUUCCACUCUCAACAAGCUAUCGCUUACGGUACCAAGAUGGUCGGUGGUGUUUCUCCCAAGAAGGCUGGUCAAACUCAUCUCGGUCUUCCCGUUUUCGGUACAGUUCGUGAGGCUGCUCAAGAGACCAAGGCUGAUGCCAGUGUCAUUUACGUUCCUCCUCCCGGUGCUGCACAAGCCAUUUUAGAAGCCAUUGAAGCUGAGAUUGGUCUUGUUGUUGCUAUCACUGAAGGUAUUCCUCAACAUGACAUGAUCCGUGUCAAGCAAGCCUUGAUGACCCAAAGCAAGACUCGUUUGGUGGGUCCUAAUUGUCCCGGUAUGAUCUCUGCCGAACAAUGUAAGAUUGGUAUUAUGCCAGGUACUAUCUUGAAGCGUGGUAAGGUGGGUAUUGUCUCUCGUUCAGGUACUUUGACUUAUGAAGCUGUUCAACAAACUACCGAUGUUGAUCUCGGUCAAACUUUAUGUGUCGGUAUUGGUGGUGACCCCUUGAACGGUACCAACUUUAUUGAUUGUCUCAAGGUCUUUUUGGAAGAUGAUAACACUGAAGGUAUCAUCAUGAUUGGUGAAAUUGGUGGUACUGCUGAAGAAGAAGCUGCUGAUUUCUUGACCCAAUAUAACUUGACCAGAGCUGUUCCUAAGCCUGUUGUCUCCUUCAUUGCUGGUUUAACUGCUCCUCCUGGUCGUAGAAUGGGUCAUGCUGGUGCUAUUAUUUCCGGUGGUAAGGGUGGUGCUGGUGAUAAGAUUGCUGCUCUUGAACGUGCUGGUGUCUUUGUCACUCCCUCUCCUGCCAAGUUGGGUGUCAGCUUAAAGCAAGCUAUGCAAGAAGCUGGUUUGGUUUAAAUCUUUUUUUUUUCUCGUGCAAUUAUAUAAAAAAAAACUCUGUAUAAAAUAUAUAAACAACCCUUUUUUUUAAUUUAAUAUUAUUAUUAUUAUUUAAAUAUAUAUAUGCCCCUCCUCCCCCUCCCCCUUUCAUCCCAUCCUUAUCAGUAAAACUUAGAGUAGCGUUUUGCGGCUAAAAAAAAGGAAUCAAGAUUACAAACAAUUAAAACUAAAAUUAUUUUUCCCUCAUUAAAAAAA